AUGGGAGGCCUUAAAACUUCUGAAUUCAAGUUAAUUGUUAAUUAUCCUAAAUGGUCAGCUGUAAAGGCAUACCUCGAGAAAAAUGUAGAUGUAUACAGAGAGCUGCAAGUUUUCCGUGGAGAAGGCUGGAAAUCAGAAGAGGCAGACAUAUUUUUCAAGAAUCGACAGUUUGCCGCCGACACCGCAAACUUGCAGAAACAGAGGGGAUUCUAUAACAUGAUGAUCAAGAUCGCUGCCCAAAUCAACGAUGCCACCCACGCCUUCAGCCAGGAAAAUUGCCAAUCAGUGCUCGACCUCUGUAUUGCCCCGGGCGGCUUUGCCGAUUACGCACUCCGCCAGAAUUUCCGGUGUGUAGUUGACGGAACUAGCCUGCCUACCUCCCAGGGCGGGCAUCAAAUGCUGCUCCGAACCCAGGGAAGAAGCAAUGUGGCCAUCACAUAUACGGACAUUACCAUGCACACCGUAUUCCUCCCAGCCGGUGCGAGCAUCCCCGCAGAUUCCCCUGAUAGGGACGAAUUUAGUAAGAAUAGCCUGAGGCCGUUGCCAAAGCUAUGGAGCUAUGGGCUUGUUAUUUGUGAUGGAAACAGGCUGAGAGGCCAUGAGCAUGGGAUGCUCAGAAAGUGGGAGCCGCUGAGAUUAACUUUAUCCCAACUGAUCCUGGGACUAACCCACGUGCGUCCCGGGGGGUCAAUGAUUGUGCUGCUUCAUGGGGCAGAUCACUGGGAUACAGUAGCGAUGUUGUACCAGUUUAACAAGUUCUCCGAUAUCAACUUGUUCAAGCCCAAGGCUGCGCACAGAAACCGUUCAAGUUUCUACUUGGUCGCAAAUAACAUCAAGCCGGAACUAGCGGCGCCGUGGGUCGAUCAUUUGAAGGAUUGCUGGUACCGGGCCACCUUUGGUGGUGAGGCUGGACUAGGCGAGCAUAUUGACAUCGAUGCAGACCUAGAUGUGGAUAUUGUUUUGAAAGAGUUUGGUGAGAAGCUGAUUGAUAUGGGGACGGAGCUGUGGAGGAUUCAGAAAGAGGCCUUAGAGACUUGGGACUGGAGCGGCAACCUUACGUGGUCGAAUUCGGGGGGUGCGAAGGAAGGUGGAUUUGUGAAUAAGAAUCGGUUAGGCGGAGGAAUGGCGGAUCUGGCUGUAAGGAGAAAUGCGGCAGCGGUUUGA